AUGACGCUGCACUCUUUCGACGAGUGGGGUGUCACGCAGGUGGACGUGAGAAGACUGACGUACGCGUGGACCAUAACCAACUUCAGUUUUUGCGAUCAAGAAACGGGCGAGAUUAUCGAGUCGCCCGUAUUUUCGACCGGAGACGACGACGAACACAAGUGGCAAUUGCAUCUGUAUCCAAAAGGCUAUAAUCGCAAUUACAGCGAUUACCUGACUCUGUUUUUGAAACACGUUUCCGGAAACAAAGUCAAAGUGAUGUUCAAUCUCGCGUUACUAAGCGGCUACAAUAAAAUCGCGAACGUUAAAUCCCUGCCCUAUACGUUUGGCCCAUCAGCUACCAGGAACGGCUACUAUCAGUUCAUCGAAAGCAGUUCGAUCUACAACAAAGCUUACGCUCUGCUACCCGACGACAGACUGACGAUGAUCGUCGACAUCUUCAUGAACGUUCGUCUCGUGAAUAUUUCUGGACACUGCACUGUCAAAAGCUCGAAAGUAUCCGAGGAAGCCCACUACGACAAUUUCGCAAAACUUUUGGACGACAAGCUCUUCAGCGACGUUCUACUUCUCGCGGGUGAUGAUGUGUUCGAAGCCCACAAAGCGAUACUGGCCUCGGUUAGCCCAGUUUUGAAAGAAGAGUUACGGAAAAGUGUUAACAACGAUACCAAAAGCAUCUUGCACAUACCCUAUACAGACGCUGAAACGUUUAAAGAAGUUUUGAGAUUUAUCUACAGUGGAAAGGUGGAGAAUAUCAAGAACGUGGCCAAAGAACUUUUGAUCGUAGCUGAUCGGUUCGAGAUACAGCAGCUGAAGAGUUUGUGCGAAGAGGUUCUGUGUCAAAAUUUAAACACCGAGAACGCCGUCGACACUCUUUACGUCGCUGAAAAUUACAAGGCCGAAAGUCUGAGGGAGCAGGCCUCGAAUUUCAUCGUCGCGCACGCCAGCGAAGUGACCAGUUCCAUCGGUUUCAAAACCAUGGAAGUACUUCACCCUCAUCCGAUGCUCCGAAUUUUUCGGAGCUUGACGAAUGCGACGCAGACUUAA